AUGGCUUUGGAGAACAUUUUAUCCCGAAUGGGUUUGGAUACAAAACAACUCACUGACAGAUAUGCAGAGUACGGGCCGCCGAUGCAUGACCAACAUAUAUUUUAUGGUUAUGAGCCUUCUUCGCCUCUGCAUGGGCAUGCCGUUCCAACAAAACACAAUUAUGUGAGUGGAAGCCAUAAAAACAACGCUGCAAUGUCGGCUCUGACGCUGUUGGCUUUUUUAUUCUUUCUGAACAUACUACAACAAUGUCUGAAGGAUCACAUGACAGCCAUGAAUACACCUCAAGUUACGAUAAUGUCGUCAGUAAAAGAAACUGAAGAUAACUUUGCAAAAAAGUCAUUUACAAAUAAAUUUGACAAAACAGGUACUUUGCACACAGACAAAAAUAAUUUCCAAAGGGAAAGUUUGUUAAGUUUAAAAGAAGGGGAACAAGUAUCCGUCGAAGAAAAUGAAUUCGAAAGUCGAUUAAAUUCCGACGAUGCUUCGCAAAAAACUUUGUUAAAAAUAAAAACGGCCGAACACAAACCUCAAAAUAGCGCGCAAGAACACAAAAUUGUCAAAAAUAAUGCAAAUCAAACUUUUAAAUAUGCUGGAUUUUACGACGAAUACGAAAAUUAG